AUGGAAAAGAGCGUGCAGGAUUUUUUAAACGCAAAAGGAAGUGUUACCCAAAAUGGGGUUCCCAACACGGUGCUCAGCACAUCCCAAAAUGGGACCCCCAACGUGGUGCUCAGCACAUCCCAAAAUGGCGUUCCCAAUGCUUCGCCGAGCAUCACGCAGGAACAAUUUAACAUGCUCAUGUGCAGCAUCAAAAGGAAAGACAAAAACGACCAAGUGCAAACGGCACCCCAGAGGGAGACCCAACACAACGUAGAGAGUUAUUACCCACUGGACGACGACCAUGGCAUGUACAAUCACAUAGGAAUGAAUUACAUAGCAAAUAAAAUUGUGAGGCGUGUAGAUACCCCGGAGAAGAUGCAUUUCCCACUUUAUGUGCAGCCUGACCCAAAGAGGACCCAACUGUAUGAAGCGAAAAAUAAUGUGAUACAUCACCUGCAGGAAUUGCUUCCACUCUCUUCCCUCCAAACGGAUGUAAAAACGAAGCAGCUAAGUAAAAAAAAUGACCACUGCUACUGCACUGUUGGGGAUAAUGUGGGGGUAAACUCUCGAUCGGACCAGGGCAGCCACUUAAUGAUGCACGCAAAGAACAAAGUAGAAUACGUUUCGCCUCACGCAGACGUCCAAGGAAUGAAGACCACCCAAAUGGGAGAUGCACAAAGUUGCUUCGGGCAAAGUAGCCCCAAUUUUGGAGCAGCUCAACUGCAGGAUUUUCACAAUGCGCUUACACUGAGCCAUUGUAAUAGCCAAAUGGGAAGAGGUGCAAAGGAGGAGGUGCGUUGUGGGGGGGCAAAUGGAGACUUCCUGCCAUCACUCCGCUCCUUUAUCGUCGACGGGGAGUCUAAGAUUGACCCGGUGAGGGGUCACACGCAGGGGGGCAGCGGCAUAGGAAGCGGUGUGGGAAGCAGCAUGGGAAGCGGCGUGGGAGGCAGCAUGGGAAGCGGCGUGGGAAGCAGCAUGGGAAGCGGCAUGGGAAUCGGGGCAAGAAGCUGUCUGGGAAGCGGUCCACGUAACGGGGUAGAACGCGGCCUUUGCGCAGACCCGCGCGGAGAGGGAGCAAUUACAAACGGCAUUGGAGGUAACCCACCCAGCAGACUAUUCAACCCCCAAAGGAAAAGCGCAAACGAUUAUGAGACCCCACACCGGGAACAAAAUUCCCUAAAUGAAAUAAAACAGGAGGUGCUAAACACUGGGACGAUGCGCACAGGUGAUCUUACAAGCAGUAGACACUUGGCCUCUCCACAGGGGGACUUCCAAAAAAGGGACCUUCUCCUAGAAAUACAAAAUGCUUCUAACAAUUUGAGUAGUGACCAGACGACCAUCUACAGAUGCGACGCUCGAAUGAGUAACUGUAAGAGUGUCUUUCCUGUGCAGCAGGGGGGGAACCUCUUUGGCAGGUAUUCUAACUACGGCCGGGGUAGGAGCGACAAUGUGCCCAUCUUCGGGGAUGAAGUUGAGGGGGCCAGCGAAAUGGGGCACGCGCACCAGCAGCCAACCUGUGCGAAUCAGCUAGCAAUCCGAGCAAACCAACUUCUACCCAGCAGUGAGAGCCACCACCCCGGCGGAGAAGUCCCCGCCAGCCAGAAAACGACAAGCUGUGCCCUCCACCAAAGUUGUGAGCAAAUGACUCACCUGAACAACCUAGGGAAGCAAAUUAAUCUGCAGAAUGCUAUGAGCCUAUUAGACGACUACAUAAGUAAAAUGAGACUAAAAAGGAUGAUGCUGUCUAGUAGGGAGAGCCCCUCAUCAGGUGUCAACAUCUCAACGGAGAGGAAUGCCCCAGCAGGAACGAUGCAAGACGAAUGUAACCAGGGGUACGUGAACCCUAACUGGAGCGAACAGCCACUUAUGCAUGUGCAUGGGCAUGUGCAAGACAAGAGGGAAGCAAAUAAAUCGAAUCACCACAACCGAGUAGAGGUGGAAAAUGUAGGAAGGGACCUCCACAGGGAUGACUGCCCCUUGGCGGAUAAGAAGACAAGCCUACCGCACGACAUAUUGGCCACUUUUGGCAGUGCCACGUACGGAGAUUUACACAAACAUGCUGAACAAUCGAAAGGGGAGAAAUGCAUAGGAAGCUUAAAUGUGAACAGUCAACGCGUUGGCAACUGCUCUACCCAUGUCGCUACCAGAGGAGGGACUCAUGCUAACCAAUUUGACUUUCACACCAGCGUGAAUGUAACCACGAAGGGGAACACUCUACCACAGGGAAAUUGCACAGGCACUGCAAACGCGAAAUUUAAGCCCUACGAGAAAGAGGACCCCCUGGCAACCAACCCAGAGGUGAGAAGCGACAAGCGAAACAGCUCAGUUGUAUGCACACUGGAUGAUAAGUCAAAAUGGAUGGUCAGUCUCUACAGAAGAGCGAACAAUUUUAACGCAGUUAAUGUAGGGAGUGUAGGGAUCCCCCUCACAGCUAAUGAACGCUUAAUGAGUACCAGCAGGCUCGGCAACCCGAACGACAAGGCGAAGCUGAUCAGUGGUGCAACAACCCAAGGGGGUAAUACCUCUUGCAGUCAUGCGGAGGACGCGGGGGGGAUGCUUCUAGACGAGUUUAACAGAAUUGGGACCUUCUCCCCCGAGGGGUACUUCCUUGACAGUACGCAGAAGAGGAGGGGGAGCUCCCACCUCGCGAGGGAGGGAAACAACUACGCCCACAUGGCAAUCGCACACCAUGCCGCCGAUCACCCAGCCAGCCUUCUCAACCCCUCAAACAAAUGUAAGGAGGGAAUAGCACCCCUAUCCCUGAUGCUGCACCAAAAUGAGCAACACAGUAUAUGCCAUAAGGUUCAUCCACCCCAGGGUGAAGAACAUCACCUCAGGUGUACAUCCGACGGUCCUCCCCCUCACAACCACCACCACCACCACAGCAGUGGAAGCCAGGGUCUGAACACUUUGAUGAACAGUUAUGCAAACCACACAAUUGGCAGGAUGGGGGAGAAAGCCCUUUCGUUUGACGCCCCCACGUGCAAUACGGAUGAUUCUAAAGAGGCCAACCUUCUGAACCCAAUUAAGAAAAUCAUGCAGGCGUUGCCAAAGUUCCAGUUUGACCACCACGGGGGGGCAUGCAACGGUGCCUUUUGGGGGGACCUCCUGGGCCUUGGAAGAGGUGCGGUGGGUGUGGCAGUGGACGGCCCCGACGCAAGUGACGGAAGAAACGACGGCCAUUACGGGGGCUGCUAUGUUGAUGGGUGCCCUGAUCGGUACACCGCUAACUACCCCGAACGGUACACCGCUGACUACCCAGAACGGUACACCGCUGACCACCCAGAACGGUACACCGCUGACCACCCCGAACGGUGCAGCGACACGCUCAGCACAUCCGCGGGGGACAUCCCCCCAGGCAGCAAACUCGGAAUCAUCACGCAAAACAUUCGCUACUACAGCAACAAGGUAUUCAACGACGUAUUUAUGAACAACGACGCCUUUAAGAAAAAAAAAAUGAGCGAACUGAAUCUGUAUCUAGCCAAAUUGAGAGUAAAAAACUACCAGGAGUUUUUCUUCAAUUUAAGUAAAUUUUACGAAGUGUUCCUUCUCCUGCUGAAUUCCAAUUAUGUCUUCAAAUUUAACUCGUCCAUUGUGUAUAGCAUUUGCGUUGUGGCAAAGAACCUCCUGGUUUUACUCCCCCUGGGGGGGGUAUACAUCCUGCACGUGGUGAAGACCUGUCUCUACUGCAUUGUGAAAUUGAUUUUAAUAAAGCCCAUUUCGAUUACCGACAAGGCGUGGUUCUUCCUCCUCAAUUUGUACAAGUCCCUCUUCGAGAAGUUAUACCAGUAUUUUAAGAGCGACCUGCUGGGAGGGGGUGAAGGGGGGCACUCGCCGGGGGAGCGCUAUGGGGAGUGCUCUGAGAGGCAGCCGGGGGAGUCCUAUGGGGAGAACUCCCUGGCAAUCCUCCUGCCCUUCAUCAACGCCUUCAACGAGACCAUCUUGGAAUACGCCAAAAUCAGAAUCAUUUCGAGGAACAAGAAGAAGGAGGAACUCAUCGCCUUCCCCCUGUACGAGUCGCUCAAGCCCUUUUUCUUCGUCAACACGAAUUACCCGGACGAGGCCGACGGGCUCGCGAAGACAGCGGCGGGGAGAGCGAAGGGCGAAGCGCAGGUGGAAGGUGUGCCCCUGGAGGACGCUCAGGAAGGGUCGGUUAACACCCCACUCGGCAGACCUGUUGGAGAUGGAAAGGCGCAGUCUGUAAAUGCGGCGCGUAGAGAAUAUCCCCAAAAUAUGGAGGCUAACGAAGACGCCCCCGUUGAGAAGCACACCCACGAACACGCCAAAAGUGCAACCCAGGUUGGCCCCAUAAACCGAGCGAGGGAAGUGGACGCCCAUGAGGGAGACUACCACUCCUCUGAGCAGCAAAGCGGGAAGGUAGACUCCCCGGUCAAAUUUUACAAUAAAAAAAAAGGAGAAGACGAGGAGCUAGCCGUAUCCAUACGAAACAACAUCCUCUGUUGUGUACAUGCCCUAAUAAAAAUGUUUUCGCACAUCUAUAUAAAUAACUGGGAUAAAAUCCUCUACUACUACAAUGAGAAUAGGAAAAAAUUGAUCCCCAUUUUUUUGACCCUCACGAUGAACGACCAGAAUCAGAAGAUCCGCACGAAUUCGAUUUUGUGUCUCAAGUACCUCUUCGACUGCAAGCAGCUCAAGUACUGGUUUCUGCUCAAGGAGGGGGCUUACGCCGGCGCCCCGAUUGGCGGUUAUGUUAGCGGUAAUGCUACUAGCCAUGCUAGCUUCCCCCCGAGCUACCCCCCCGCGAAGGAAAUUCCAAGCGGAAGCCCAACCAAAAAAAUGAUAGAAGUGAACAGACAGAAUCAAAACGUGCCAGUAAAGGUAGACAGCUACCUCCCUUCGAGUAGCACCCCUUAUGGAAACCCCCCCUACAGUGCGGGCUAUGCCAACGCGUCUUUCCCAGACAAACAGGCGAACAAGAAUAUCCACGUGGGAAAGGCACACCACUCAGUGCUUCUCCUUAACGAUAUGAACCACAGCGUUAAGAGGGAGGUAGAAAUUGGAGCAAAUGCCAGAUCACCUCUGGGAAGCUUCGAUCGGGAUAACAAAGUGCAGACCUUUGGAGAAGUGAGGGGGGUUACCCCCGCUGGUAGGAGCUCCAACUGUGGGAUUUCCAUCUACAGGAGGGAGUACCAUUAUGAAGGUUACCCGAAGGAAGAGCCCAACGAAAAAGGGAACUACUGUAGCGCAAAAAAAGCCGCCACUGAACAGAACAUCGUAAAGCUACUGACGAAAUUUACAAAACUGAUUACCAGGACAUACAUGGUGGACACAGAAAGUAACUUCUACACCCCCACGGAUAGACUAAACAUCUGCAGAUUCUUCUUGAGAGUUUCCCAAUCGAUAUUAAUCCCAAAAUAUAAAAGCUUGCUAAGAAAAAUUUUGAAGUUUUUUUUUUUCUACUUAUUAAAGUACCUCAUCUAUUUUAACCAUGGUGAUGCUUUUCAUUUCUGCAUUAAGAGACUACUCCAGAGUGGUACCUCUAAAAAGAAGCGGCAAUCAGAAAGGAACAUCCAUUUAGGUUACUCCCUCCUUCCAUACGUUGCAGAAUAUGCAGAGGGGGAAAGGGUGGCAACUCAUUUUAGCAAUGCCAACGGGGUGUGUAACCAGACAAGCAGCAGCAUACACCUGAGUGGACAUAGAAGCGAAAUGCUCCGCAUGAGCCAACUGAGCGAUAACGAACUCUACCCGAAUGACUACCUCGAUGAGGAUGAACGAGUGUUUAGCUCGCUCAGUAAUUACCUGAACAGCUUUAGGGACACGGAGGAGAGCGACGCCCAGGGGGGGGAGCAGCCACCCGAUCAGAGGAGAGAUGGUGAAAUGUGGGAUGGUCAGAGGAGGGACCGGAGAGACCGAUCGGGGGACGCGUUACCGGGAGCCGAAGGGGAUGAUCAAAACUGCACCGGAAAAGGUAGCCCCAUUAAUGACCAUCGCAUGACCCACGUAGGUCAGGCCGAUCAAGGGGAAAGCGCCACCCAGGGGGAUACGGACAAAAAGAUGAAGCGAAAAAGUAAAGGAGAUAUGAAAAAAGGAAAAGAAGAAAAAAAACACACGGAUGGUAGUGAUGAGGAUGGAGAGGCAGCCACCCAAAAUGAGAGCAGCAGAGACAGCAGGGGGAAUAUCAAACGUGCGGAGGGUUUGUUUGAGCAGGUGGAGGAAUUCCCCCCCUCGUGUGCGCACACCAAUGAAGUGGAAGAAAGUGGAACCUGCGACAGGGCAGACACGGCUUCUAGGGAAGACACCCCGCAACUGAAGAACCCCAAAAGGAGAAAAAAGAAAAAGAAAAAAAACGAGGAAAGGAAGGACGACGGGGAAGACGCAGAGGACUCACCAGAAAAGCACCCUAAUAGGAGCACAUGCUCAUGCAAACAUAGAAACACAAUUGAAGGGACGAAAAAUAAAAAGAAGGUCGUCAAAAAAAGAAGCGAAGAGGAUAUAUCCCACCUGUACAAGCACAUAGACCACAUAAAAAAGAAACUGCUGUCGAGCGAAGAUUACGAUCUGCUGAUGAGCAUCCUCUACUGCAAUGAGUACUCCAGGGGGUCAAAAUACAUAACCAUGAUAACGGUUAUUAUUAACAUUUUUUCGGUCCUUCUGUGCGAUUAUAAUGAUGAGAUUUUCCGCUUCCUCUGCACGAAUAUCUACGGAGUGGAUAUCAACAGGACCCUAAAUGACCACAACAUCUACUGCCACCAGGCGUCGAACAAUCAGCUGUAUGACAUCUCCUUUGCGCAGCUAAUCUACUUCAUGCUGAUAUUUCUGUAUAAGAUUUUUUACCAGCCCUGCGCGGAGGACCUGGACGCGUGGGGGAGAAAAGGGGACGAACUGGUGGGUUCGAAGGGAGGGGGGGAAGAGCCAGACGAAUGCCAAGAAGAAGGGCAAAUCAACAUGAACAAAAAUAGAGACCAGAUCGACCAGAUCGACCAGGACUACCAGAACGACCAGGACGACCAGAGCGACCGGGAAGACCCCCUUAGGGGGCAUAACCCCCGAGCGGAUCGCCCAAACGCGCACCUGAGGGCCUACCGUUACGAAAAAAAAUUUGCCACCAAUUCGUGCAGCGACCUCUACGACAACUACAUCAUUUCGUGCAUGCAGCAGGGGAGCGGCGAGAUGGGCCGCGCGAGUAACCUCCCGAACGAGAGCAGUUUUAAGCCAAACGGGGCGCCGAAUGGGCUAAAUGUGCCAAGUGCGCCGAAUGUACCUCACGCGCCGAAUUUCAUACCGUACGACGUGCAAAUCUUCAAGAACAUCUUCCUGGUCUUCCAGAAGACGCUAAAGCAUUACCUGUUCUGCUACAUGCACUGCUGGAAUGACGUCAAAACGCUUCUGGAGUAUUUCUUGCAAUCGGAAAACGUAAACAUAAAAAUUAUUUCCAUCAAGAUAGUGAUAGACAUCUUCAGCUUCAUCAACUCCUACUACGAGGUUAACUGCAGUGCGUACGAGUUGCCCACUUACAGACAAAAGGAUGAAUAUAAAAAUGAAAGUAUAUUUAGUAACGCUGCUUCCAAGGGGAGGGAGUGGGAUAACCGCAGGACGGAACACACGCUGCUUUCCCAGUUGACUGGGCGAGAGGAAGAACUACUCCCGUGCGGUGAACUGUACAGGAAGAACCGCUCCGACGCGGGGGUCUUUAAAACUCGUUUCAGGCAUGGGGAGCAGAGAUCGCCCUAUGGAGGAGUGCACAGCCGCAUCGCCAGUGUGGAGGCAGUCAGACAGGCAAGCCCCCACUGGGGCGGCUCCAGGGCGGGGGACAACUCAAAAAGAAACUUCUCAAUCGGGAACUCCUCAUUGGGGAACCCCCCCGUGAGGGACACUUCAACCCGGUCGACGCUCCCUUCGGGGGGCUCACCAACUGGGAGCGCGUCCAAACAUGCAGAAAAUCACACGCAAAAGAGGGACGACCACCACCACAUGGAAGCAACCGAAAUGAACAAGAAGAAGCAGUUCGUGCAGAUGGUCGAAAGCGACAUGAUCGGCCUCUUCCGAAAGUACAUACUAAUUCACAUCCACAACAUAAGCAAAAUACACAACGAUAUUAUAAACAAAAGGAGCAAACUGAAGCAUAUCUUUCUAAACACCAUCAUCUGCAUCUCUCAGUUAAGCUACGAAGGAUUUAAAAUGCUAACAGUUGAGGACAUCCAGCGACUGACGAAGCUUGUGUCUUCCUGUGUCCACAGCAUUAAAUGUAAUAUCAUUACCGCCCUUAGCAAAUAUAUUAUAAAGUACAUUUUUACCUUUAAUAAAAAAUUUAUUCAAAAUUAUGAGAAGAGGAUAAACUUGCUUCAUAUAAAUUCGACCAACGUUUACUAUAACAAUAUCCUCACCACGGCAGCGGGGGUGUCUGGGGGGUUUGUCCCAGGGGGGGGAGGCCCCACGGGUCAGGGCGGCGUCGGCUACGCUGUAAGGGGUGGCUCCCAGAAAAGUGGCUCUCCAAAAAAUGGCUCCCAAAAAAAUGACCCUCUCAAAAACGACUUGCAAACAAACGGACCGAUAAAAAGCCCCCAAAGCAACGCCCACAUCGCGGCGAACCUCCCAAACGUGACCCCCCCCAACGGCGUAGACACAUUUGAGCGAACGUUCAAAACGAACAUGUGUACUAGUACAACCAUAAGUGGUGUCACCCCCCCACAGACAAACGGCACAUCAACAAACAUGUUCAUACAUUCCACCCCCACGAACAUGAGCUCCGAACGAGUGAGUGGAAGGUGGAAGGUGGGUCCUGUUCCUAUCGAAGAGGAGGAAAAAACAAGAAAAGAUGACCACCCCGGUAAUGCCUCUCCACAUGACGAGAAUUACCCCCACCAGGGAUGGCACGAUAAAAAAGAAUUGUUUGAAGAUGUAGCGAGGGUCCCCACCCGUUCAACCAUGUAUAACUCGGAGCAGGUCCCCAACCUGAGCAGCAGUCGUAGAAGCAGUAAUAGUAACACGGGAAGAAUGGCACGUGAAAUGAGGCAAGUGGGUGCACACGCAGAGUGUAAAAUGCUAAUGGAGAGCUCGAAGGGGUCAGUCCAACAAGAGCACACAGCGGAUUCAACUCCCUACGCAAGGGACAUCUCCACUUCUGCAAAGAUACGCCUGUUAAACGCAACUGCAGAGCAGGAACGAACAACAAAACCGCAUCAGAAGCAGUGGAAGGAGAACCCCCUACGCUGCACCAGCAUACCCGACGCAACACUCAAAUGCUCGCGAGGAAAACCCGCACUGGAAGACAACAGAAUGAGCAACCCAGGGGGGAGCAACACAGACCAGGUGGCCAAAACAAACACGGACAAACUUCCUCCCUCUCAGAAAGAUGAAGACGACACGGAUAAGGAGCGGUUCCCCCCCAGCUGCUUAGCAAAAAUGGCGACGAACACGAGAAAUGUUAAUAAGGAAAAAAUGAGCAAAUUGGGUGGGUUGCUGAAGAGGCAUGAAAACUGCCAAGGAGGGAUGGGCAGCCAGGAGGGCAGCCAGAUGAACCGCCAGAUAAGCAGACAGGUAAACCGCCAUGCGAACGAGAUGAACACCCAGCGUAACAACAGGCAGGUUUUACUUCCCCCCACUUGGGAAGCUGCCGGGUCGAAAAAAAACGCCGAACAGGUCACCACGCAAAGUAGAACAGGUGGAAAAUAUCUAAGGAGUUCCCUCCACUUGCACGAAAACGACGAAGGAGACGAUGACCCCCCAUCAACGGGCUCCCUGGACACACAAAGGAAAGAUGCAUACCUACUUCAAAAGCAGAGGAGCGAAAGGAAACUGUUCGAGCUGUACUACACAUAUAUCUACAUCAUCAUUCACAUAAUCAAAUUUUACAACGACUCCUUUGUAGACCUCAAAUACUACACGUAUAACUGCAUAUGCGAAAUAGCUAGCUCGUAUGUCCCCUUUUAUUUUACCCAAAACAACAUUAAGACCUUUUCCUACUAUAGUAACUAUAACAGCGAAGAGAACAAAGAUAUUAACAAGUUCAUCAGUUUUAUUAACGCCAUUCAGUUGUCCUCAGAUGCAGAUGAGUUGAAGUUAUUUCGCCUGCGCGGGGGGGGCGGCACGUUGAGCGGGGACUCUCUUACGGGUGAAUUAGCCGAAUGCAGCCACCACACGUAUGCGGGGGCAGCGGAGGGGGGUUUUCACAAAGGGGUAACGUACACCACGUCUAGCAGCAAUAACACAGCGCUUAGUAGCAGCUGCGCUGUUGGGAGGGGUCCGCCAUGCAGAGGUUUGUCCAUCAACGAUGGGAGUACCCCCCCUUAUGGCAUCCCUCCCCACAACGCGGAAAACCUGCAUGACCAAUUCUCUAACAGCAUCCACCUCAUUACCUACAUCGAGUACAUCUACAUACUGCUGCUAAUCAUCCGAGAGAACAAAAGCGUAGAGAAGGACCGGGCCAUCUGCUGCAUCAUUAGGUACGUAGGAUUUAUAUGCAAAAAUAUAAAUUUCUUUUUAUUCAAUUCGAUUAGUUUGCUACCCUCGACGUUUCUCCUGAAGUAUUUUAUGUACCUGAACAACUUGAUCGAGAAGAAGGGGCUGCUCGGGGGAGGACUCCCCAGAGAUGGACGUGGACGCAGCGAAGGCUCUUCGCACGGAGGCGCCAACACCGGGGCUGCGGCGAACGAGGGAGACACGCCCAAGGGGGGGGAGGAAGUACUCGCAAGGGUGAAAACGAGCCUAAGCAGGGGCAGAAGCGUUAGCGGUAGAACCCCCAGCAGCAGAAGCACCGAUGCCCUCGUGACGGUCGGCGCGGAGGUGCGCCCCCCUGCCUGUGCACACCAAGGUGGAAACCCAGAAGGAAAAGCGUCCAGCGAGGCAGCCACCUGCGGCGAACAGAAGAGCAGCUCGGAAAUGAAGCCCACACAGAAGAGGAACUCUAAAAUGACGUCUACUCAGAAGGGCAAACUGUACCACCUGUUCCUGAACGUCUACGUAAAGUAUGAGUACAAUUUUGAGGACAGUUUUUUUUCGUGCAGCGGGGGCGCAGCAAAGGGGGAGGAGUCAGACGGGGAGAAGGAAGUACCCACGAGGGUGGCUAGCUCGAACGAGGACCCCCCCCAACGGAGUGAGCCCCGCGAAGUGGGUAGAAGGAGGAAGAAGAAGGGGAGCGCUUCCCAGGAGGAGAAAAACACUGCUCAGGGGGAGAAGCCACUUGGGGGGCAGAACACCUCAUCACAUGACUCCCAGAAAGAGCCGAACGGUGAACUGCGUAACGGGGAAGAGCCCAACGAUGAGCUGCUUAACGGGGAACCCGCCACCCACGAACUGCUCCACCCGGAGCACCUCUUCCAGGGGUACUCCGAAAAGAGGGAGCAGGAAGUGCACGCGGACCCAAUCGUCAUAGAAAUAAAGGACAUCUUCCACUCGAGCAGAGGCAAAAGGAGCCCAAUAAACAAAGCCAACAACAACGUAGACGCAAAAAUUAUCCUCUACCUCCUAUCCAUCGUGAAAGAUCACAUCAAAAAUAAAAUCACGUGGAAUGUCCUUUACGCCUUUAAGCUGAUUUACAAUAAUUUUUCCUUUUUCCUGGCCAAUAACUUUGCUGAGCUGCACAGCCAAAUUCUGGACCACUUGAUAAGCACCCUAAGGUAUACGAAUGUAUAUAAAAUAAAAAUCCUCUCCUCAUUAGCGCUGAUUCAUAUCCCCCUGUACUACAACAUCGAUAGGAGUAAGUUGAAGGAGUUAUGGGACACUCUCCUCACGAACAUCUCCCACUUAGAUUUAAUUUUCGUGAACGAUAAGCCGAGUACAAAUCAGCUGCUGUGCUACUACGACAAGGGGUUAAAUUACAUCACCAUAAGUAAAAAAACGGAGUACAAAUAUAAAUGCACUCUUAGGGUAAACAUCUGCGAACUGCUGUACAUGUGCAUCUACAGAUCCUACGUGCAUGCAAAUAUUAAUGGGGACAUCGAAAUUGAAAAUAGGAGAGUCAAUUGUUAUGAGGCCUUCAAAAAAUACACCCACAUCUUUAACAUUAAUAAUGAUGUGCACAUUUAUAAUCUCACGCAUAUCUUUAACAACCACGUGAUGUAUUACUCUUUUUAUAAUAGUGUGCUGCCCCCCAGAAAAUUACCAACCGGGGGAGGGAGAGUUAGAGGUGAUAGCGGCCAUUCGAUGGAUCUACGAACAGCGUCAGUUGUGAGACUAAGGCAAGACAGACCGCAGCUGCUAAGUGACAGGGCAAACCAGGUUGGAGGUACCCCCCCCAAUCACGCUACCCCCAAAAAGGAAGAAGAAUCCAGCCACCAGGAAAUAUUCGAACUGCAGCUAUUUCUGAACAACCACUUUGAUAAAUACCAUUCUGUUUAUAAGAAUUUAUUGGGGACCGGGAAGAACCCCAUUUUUCAGAUCCUCUUCCAGAAGCUCCACUGCGAAAUUAAGUUGUCCUUGAAGCGCUUCCUCGAGGGGAGGAAGUUCACCGGUUUGAAGGCGCCCCGGGGGGUCAGCAGCUAG